UACAAUAUUUUUCGUCCAUUCUGUUUUCACUCACUUUCUUGCACUAAAAGUAUGGCAACAUUCCGCGUCUCGUUUGACUGUCAAAUUGGAUUGCUUCGCUGUUUGCGCUGACAGGACGCAAGGAGUUUGCUGUCGCAGUCGUUGUGAUUUUGUGCAAUGGCCUUCGUAUUCAGAGGACAAAUAAAUUCCAAUUGGAACGUAGUGCAAUAAUCAGUGUAAUUUUUUAACGCGGAAAUUAAGAACUCCAUUGUGAUCUAGAAUUUCUGUGCGUGUUUUGGAAAAUUUCGUGAAAUAUUAUUUGUAUUUGGGAAUCUGGAAUUUGUUGCGUCGAAUGUGGACAUCCUUGGCGACAAGCCUAAAUGAAAUUCAAAGAUCAAAUUGACUGAUGUGGGUGAAAUAGUCGUCGUCGCCGCCGCUUUUCUAGCUGCAGUUUCUGAUUUCAUUGACUCGUACGUUGAAGUACGCCCAAAAACAAUAACAAAACACAACAGAAAUAUUGUAUAAAAGAAGAAUAUAUUCAAGUAUGCAGCAACAAAUUCUCCUUAGUAUCCGCCAUAGUUGAAUAUUGAGCUACAUAUAUACAUACAUAUGUAUGUCGCAAAUCUUUAUAAACUCCAGCGCCCAUCUGUGAACAAAGACCCACCAUAUCUAUAAUCCCAGCAAUAAAAUUUAGAAAGAGUGCACGCGUUUAUCAGCCUGCCAGUACAGGAAGUAGUGGUGGAGCAAACAGUUACAAACAUUAUUCAAUUUAAUCUGCAGUGAACCCAGCAACGUAGCCAUGGCAAACAACAGCAGUAGUAGUGGAGGUGGUGUCAGUGGUGGCGUCUUAGGGGCUGCCGGUGGUGGUAGUGCUGGCGGCAACAAUGAUUUGUGGCGCGAGUGUGUUGCUUGGCUGACGCGUUGUAAAAUCAUACCACCAGAUCACAAAGCGAAUUGGCCAGACUCAGAAAUACGCGUCCUUGCGUUGACGCUACGUGAUGGUGUUUUGCUUUGCAAUUUGGUCAUUUAUUUGGAUAGUAAUAGCAUGGAUCCGCGCGAUUUUAAUCGCAAACCGCAAAUGGCGCAGGUGAGUUAA